GGAGAAUUAGAAAAAUUUAACUAGUAAAAAAAAAAAAACAAAAACUACUUGAAGGGAACUGAUGUUGAGAGUUGAGACCAUCUAAUUUACCCGGAUUCUUACCCAAGCCGGAUUCAUCUCCUUUUGCACCCAUAGCCGCUUUCCCCCGGUGUCGUCUGAUCUCCGACGCUCUACCCGCCGGCAAAACUUCUUCCGUGGGUCUUCACCACCCGGAAACACCUGCUUGCAUUUGUGAUUGGAAAAUUCAAUGGCCUUCCUCCUCAACAGAACUUCACUCUCUCAGUUCCGACUCCAACCCCAGAGAGCUGAUCAAUCUUCUGGGAUAACGGGGCGCGGGUUACACGUUGAAGCUGGGGCGCGCGAGAAGGCGCUCUUGGCUGAAGACCCUGCACUCAAGCCCUUCAAAUCACAUAAGAAAAGUGUCUCCCGCCUCAAAAGAGUUGGUGAUGCUCUCACUAUUCUAGUUGUUGCUGGAUGCUGUUAUGAGAUCUAUGUCAGAGCCGUGACGCGAGAAGAAACACGAAAGCAGGCGAGAGAAAGUGCGUGAUUAUGCACUUUUCUCAUUGUUCUUUGAUGUUUUAGUUGAAGAGACCCAUGGCGAAGACUCUUACUUUACAUUAUGAAAAUAAAGAAGCAAUUUUAUGCAAUGCUCUAUAUUUUAAGAGGGCCAUUGCGAACAUCUCUUUUUCCCUUUUCUCUUUGCCUUGUAAUUGUAUAAACCCUUUUUCCUUUUGGUAUGGUUUGUAUAUUGGAAGCUGUAGUAUAGUUUACUGUAGCUUCUCUUUGCUUCGUGGUCGGAAGUGAUUUAAACUAGAAAGGUUCUUGAUUCAUAAGUGAGCUUCUGCACUCAACCCUAAAGUGAUCUAGAAAAACCCUUGACGGUGCCGUUCAAAACAUAGUGUUAACACAGCUGUCAAUUACAUGAAGAACAGAUAUGAAUUCCUAAGAUGGUCCUGUCCUCCAACAUGCCUCUGUCAAGGGAGACAGGGAUCAAAUUGAUAUACUACCUAUGUCACAGAAAAAUAUCCAACAUCGAGUCGAGAUUUGUACUAUUUUUAGUGUAAAUUUCAAAACUUAACGCAGAUUAUCUUUCUGGGAAUAGGUGAAUACUUUUUUGAACAUUUUUUCCGAUGUUUGACUACCUCUUCAGGUGGUGACCUAUGAAUUUUGUAUUUGUAAUGUGUUUUAAGCAUAUACAUUCAAGUUUCGAACUUAUUCAACUUAAUAUAAACGCGGCCCUUCUCCAGAGUGUUGCAUGAAAGUGUACAAUUUAUACUCACUUGGUGCAACAAUUACG